AUGGCGACCUUCCAGGCGCCUCCUGGACACUUGAGCCAGGCGGAGGUCCUGAUCUUGUCACGGAUGGUCGAGGCCAAGCUUACCGUGGAGGCUCCCGAUCCUGACCUGCAGGCGCCCCAGCUCACCACGGCUGAGGGGCACAAGGUCGUGGGCACGAUGGCGGUCGUGCGUGCUGUGGCCGCCUCUGGUGACAGCAAGGGCGACGCCCUGGUCCCGAAGGACCUCGCGGGCGAGGUGGACCGGUGGUUGGAGGUGGCGGCUGAGCUGGAGUCCCAUGCGGGCGCCUGGCUGGAGCCGACCAGCCACCACACAACAGACGAGGCGCGCGAGGCGUCGAGACCUGACAUCCUGGCGCACCUGGGCGCGGUGGAGGCGCAGCUCUCGCGCGCCGCCGCCGACGCCGCCGCCCCCGCCGCGUCGCUGCUGGGCGCCGGCGGCGGCCCCCUGACGCUGGCGGACGUCGCGGUCGCGUGCGCGCUGCUGCCGCUGUGGCGGGGCGUGCUGGGGGAGGACGUGCGCGCGGGGUUCCCGGCGACGGGCGCGUGGCUGCGGGGGGCGGCGGAGAGCGAGCACUUUGCGCCGGUUGUGGGCGAGGUGAAGUUCUGCGCCGCCAGCGGCUGGGCCGAGCCCGCGGCGGCGCCGGCGGACAAGAAGAAGAAAAAGAAGAAGGGCGCAGCGGCGGGGGCGACCGAGGGCGGCGAGCAGCAGCAGCAGCAGCAGGAUGACGAGGGUGGUGAGGGUGGCGGCGACAAGGAGGAGCUGGACCCGGAAAAGGCAGCCAAGAAGGCUGCCAAGCUGGCCGAGAAGGAGGCCAAGCGGGCCAAGGCUGCCGCCAAGGCGGCCGCGGCGGCGGCGGCGGCGGACAAGGCCGGCGGCGGCAAUGAUAAGAAGGCUAAGGCUAAGGCGGAGGCGGAUGCCAAAAAGGCGCGUUGCAAGGGCCGCAACGUCUGCGCCGUCCGCGUCGCAGCUGCCGAGGCCGAGGAGGUGGCCAAGCUGCUGGCCGAGGUCCGCUCCACCCCCAAGGGCGAGAGGAAGAUCAUGCCCGCCGAGCUGUACAAGGGCUACCACCCGACCAUGGUGGAGGCCGCGUGGUACGAGUGGUGGGAGCAGUGCGGCUUCUUCAAGCCCGACCUGGCCAGCGACAAGCCGCCCUUCGUCAUCGUCAUCCCGCCGCCCAACGUCACCGGGGCGCUGCACAUCGGCCACGCGCUCACGAACUCCAUUCAGGACACCAUCGUGCGGUGGCGCCGCAUGAGCGGGUACAACGUGCUGUGGGUGCCGGGAAUGGACCACGCCGGGAUUGCCACCCAGAGCGUGGUGGAGAAGAAGCUGGCCAAGGAGCGCCGCAUCACGCGCCACGACCUGGGUCGCGACGCGUUCCUGACCGAGGUGUACAGCUGGGUGAAGGACUACGGCGGCCGCAUCUGCGGCCAGCUGCGGCGCAUGGGCUCCAGCGUGGACUGGAGCCGCCAGGUCUUCACCAUGGACGACGCGCGAUCGGCGUCCGUGCUGGAAGCGUUUGUGCGGAUGUACGAGGGGGGCGUGAUCUACCGCGACAACCGCCUCGUCAACUGGGACUGCCGCCUGCGCACUGCGGUGUCCGACAUCGAGGUGGAUUACAUCGAUGUCCCGGGUCGCACCCUCAUCAACGUCCCGGGCUUCGACCAGCCCGUGGAGUUCGGCGUGCUGACGUCGUUCGCGUACCCCCUGGAGAGCGGCGAGGGCGAGAUUGUGGUGGCCACCACGCGCCCAGAGACGAUGCUCGGGGACACGGCCGUGGCGGUGCACCCGGAGGACCCCAGGUGGGGCGUGGGCCCUGGUGUCAUGGCGAUGUGGGGAUGA